GCUACCAUCUUAUUAUUAUACAAGAAAUACGUUAGAUAAACGGUAAGGAUCAAAAAAUUGCUUUUAUAGAAAUAAAAUUGAAAAACAUAACAAAAGUUAAAAUUAAACGUUUCAAAGAAAUUACAAGACAUGGCGUGCCCGAUGGAUAAACUAUAUCAGCUGGAGUUCGUGGUGAAGACAAUGACUCGGUGCAGUCAACCGGAAGACGAGGGCUGCGGCACGGCCAUCAGCAUCCGGUUCUUGGGCAACCAGGAUCAGACGGUGUGCGAGAUCCCGGCACCAGCCGACUGUCCGUCAUCCGGUGUGACCACCGUGAACGUCGGCAACAAGUACACGUUCCCGAUGACAGGCUCCGGAAAGUGUGACCCGCGCUCGUUGCGCGUGUCCGUCCGGCUACACCGGAUGUUGGGCGCGGACACGUUGCCUGGUCGCGUGGAACUGGCAUCCGGCGAUCUAGAAGUACCGGUGACCGUGAACCCGGACCGUCGCCGCCGGCCGCCUUCUAGCCUAGGCGGUGCGUGCACCGCUGAUUGCGAUGACAACGCCGCCGCUAACGACAACUGCGAGAUAACUGUGCCGAUGACCAGCUGUCACGACGGCCGGACGGUGGCCGUGUUGAUUGUCAAGGCGCGCGUAUGGUGCAUCGGUUCGAUGAUGGCCGCGCCGAUCGCGUGCCCUAGCCCGUGCCCUACCCUCUGCAAGUCUAGCUGCCCAGUCCCGUGCCCGAUACCUUGCAAACCUAUCUGUCCAACACUUUGCAAGCCCACCUGUCCGACCCCGUGCCCGACACCUUGCAAACCCACCUGUCCGACACCUUGCAAGCCCACAUGUCCGACACCUUGCAAACCCACCUGUCCGACACCUUGCAAACCCACCUGUCCGACACCUUGCAAACCCACCUGUCCGACCCCGUGCCCGACACCUUGCAAACCCACUUGUCCAACACCUUGCAAACCCACUUGUCCCACCCCAUGUCCGAUACCCUGUAGCGGCCGCCCGGCGUUGAAACCAUCAUGUCCGACCCGCUGCUCGCCACCGCCAGAUCCAUGCUGCCGGAAGAAGCCGACGUCUGCGUGCGACCCAUGCCGGAAGAAGACUAUGACUAUCCCAUGCUGUCCCACAGGUUGCCCUCAACCGCGGCCGUGUCGUCGUCCAUGCUGUUCCACUUCCACUGGUUCUGGUGGACACCAGUGCCCACAGCAACAGUACGAGACAGUGUCUUGUGAAAUUGACGGACAUAAGAUGGACUUGCGCGUGCGCAAGAAGAACUUCGAAACAUGCUCAGUGCAACGGCGGAUCGCCAACGAAGCCGAGGCGUUCGCUUGUAGGGUAAUGGGAGUCGUGAAAGACAUGCACGGUCUCGUCAUGGACUCGUCCAAUAGUGGAGGUGGUGGCAACUGACCAAGUCAUUAUUGCGACGGACGAGGGUCCAUUAUAUUGAAAUUUUAUCGCGUUGAUCUUUUUUAAAAGUAUUGAACGCAAGUAUACGCGGUCAAUUGGCAGAAAUUACAUUCAAUCGUCACUUUUAUGGAUAACGAUUCGGCCAGUCAUAGGAGUAGGCGAGCUGGAUGAUCACCCAAGUCAAAAAUUAGGUGUUGAUGUAAAAUGUUGGUGAUAUCACAUCAAAAACACUUUGUCAAACUACAUGUAAAAAACAGCUAACUGGGAGUUCAGCAGUUGCUCGAAAAAUGAUAAGGACGCGAGAAGUGAUAACUGUUAAUGAUAAUAAUGGAUAAAUAUUAUUUUAUUUUCAAUAAAAAUCGACAUGUAAAAUAAGCUAAACAAAAAACAAUUAUUUUCUAAGUCUUGAGACAGUACAUAUUUCAAAAAAAUUUUUCAUUGCCAUUCGCCAAACAAAAUUACGAACAACGUACGAGCAACCGUGAAUGGUCGUCGUGAAGUAGAAGUGAAAAAAAAAUCAAAAAAUAAAUUGGACUUAUUUUAAGCGUUAUAAGUAUUCAGUUUGAUUUACGUCAGAAUAAAAUUAAAUGUCUUUAAUUUAAUAAUAUACAAAUUGCAUGAAGUACCUCUGUUGCAGCAAUAGAUUUAGCCUGUUCAACGGUGUCAGCUUCACCCACACCAACAAUAGGAGGGUAUACACUUUCUAUAGCAAAUGGCAUGUAAAGCAAAUGCUGUAUGUACGUCCAACUCUCGGCCAUUUUAAUACAAUGUUAAAAGAACAUCAGCUUUCAAACUCUUUUAUUUUUUAAUUUUAUGAGAUUAUCAUCCUCAACCUCUGAAAAUCUUUCAACAAUAGUGGGUCCUAGUCUUCAACGUUCACCUUCAAAGCCUGAUAUUUUAUCUGUUGGGGAAAUUGUUGCAGACACAUUGAGAUGUCUAGCUUCUGGUAAAAGUAUGGUUGAUAUUAUGUUCAAUUUUCGGAUUGGAAAAUCAACAAUUUCCAAGUUAUUAUUGAUCGUUGUACUGUUAUUUAGAAUAAACUAAAAGAUGAGGUAUUAUUUAAACCUAGUACGGAUGGUUGGUUAAAAAUUGCUAAUGAAUUUGAAGCUAAAUGGCAAAUGCCACAAUGUGUUGGAGCUUUAGAUGGAAAGCGCAUAGUACAUUAAGCUUUUGCAAGGAGUGGUUCUGUAAAUUUUAAUCAUAAAGUUAGCCAUAGCACCAUUCUUAUGGCACUAUGUGAUGCUAAUUAUAAUUUUACUUGUGUAAAUAUUGGAAUGCCUGGUGGAUGUAAUGAUGUUGGAGUGUUUAAAGCCAGUAAAAUGGGCAAGAAAAUGUUGAACAACACAUUGCAUUUUCCUAAAGCAUCUGCUAUUAGUAAAAAUAACAUUAAUAUACCAUACUAUAUUGUGGCAGAUGAAGCAUUUCCAUUUAAUACUUACAUGAUGAGACCCUAAUGGCCUAAUACCUUAUCCAGGACGUGGAAAAUCAAAACUUCCUAUCAAAGAAGCAAUUUUUAACUAUAGGUCUACAUUCAUACUAUGCACACUCAAAUAAAACCAACAAAAAGAAAUAAAUAGUUUAGAAUCAUGUUUAGUUCCUGUUAGACAAAUGGGAUCUAACUUCUAUGAUAGAGAUGCUAAAUAGUACAGUCUCAGUUAACUGAUUAUUUUACAAUGGAAGGUAUCGUCAAAUGCUACAACUUGGGACAGGAAAAUUUAUUUUUGGUUUAUUCCCCAUGGCUGCGCUGUAUUUGAGAUAGUCCAAUUUUUUUAUAUUUAAUUAUCUACACAAGAUUAUCUAUGGACUUGAUAUGAUAAUACAGCUCAAAACACAAAUAAUAGCGAUGGAGAACUGUUACCACGUUUUACACUAUUUCUAAAUAGUAAAUAGUUCUCAAUACUUUAUCGGUUAUUUAUUAUUAUUAACUAUGCUUUAAAUCACAAAUUUGUAUUCUUUAUUUUUUAUAGAUAAAUAUGUGUAGUUAUAAGUUGAAAAAACAAAAUUCAAUUUGAUUAAAUAUCAAACCUUGUAGCUUAUGAUUUAUACAUGUGAUACAACUUGGAACAUAGGUACAUAUAUAUAUAUAUAUAUAUAUAUAUAUAUUAAUUUGUUUAACUGUUAUUAUGUAUAUUCUAAGAUUUUUUAUAUUUUUAUAAUAUUUUUUAUAAAUAUGAACUAAAUUUAUCAUCUUCAGUAGUCGGGGGUUCAAAAAUAAACUUAUAUAUUCUUAUUAAUGAAACUUUACCUUGUAAUAUAAUAUAUUAUUAUAUAUUAACUUAAGGUGAGUAAAGUAAGGUAUCUACUAUUUAUAAACAUAAAUGAAGGGGCUGAGAGUGUCGACGUUCUUUAACCUAUUCGUUUAUUGUUUAUUAAGGGCUAUAAUCUAUAUAUUAUUACGAUUGUCGAUUUGUUUGGGAUCGUGAAUACAGUUCUAUAAAUAUAAGUUAUUUUUAUGGCAUA